AUGGAUUAUUACCAUCUUAUAAAGGUGGAAGCUAAGAGUCCCACCAGGGUCAAACAAAAGGAUGCCGGCACGGAUUCAGGUGAUGAUGAGGAAGCAGAGAUGUUGUUUGCGGCAUUCGCGGAAUUUGAGGAGCUUCGUAAGGUGACCCAGAGGGCGAGAUGCAUAUUCCUAAGGGAAGGGCAGAGGAAUUGUACAGAAAGUUGGGAGCUUUUGAAAAGCAGCAUGUGGAUGAGGAUUAAUUAUGCAUUGUAUGAGGAGCUUGAUGCUGAAGAUGUGGAGCGUUCUCAGGAAAAAUACAGGCUUGCAACCACUUUAAAAGAAUGUCUUUAUGUGGAUCGAUAUGAAGAGAUUAGGACAAGACGAUCUAGAGCUGGUAAGAGCAAAUCAGAAUCGGAUAAUCGACAGAAGAGAAAACACCCAAGUUUUUGGCAGCAAAAAAGGAGGGCGAAGAUUCCUCAAGUUGCUCGCUUCUCGGUUUCUGGUAUUUCAGAGAAGAUCACAACAUGGGUCACUGACCAGCCCGACGUCAUUAGCCAUUGGAUUCAAAAGAUUGAGCGCUUUCACCAUCGUAGGCUCAGUCGGCUAAUUGUCGGCCUCGAUACCAAGUGGUGCCCAAACUCCGAGCCCAGUAACGAUUCUCAUCGAGUUGCCAUCCUCCAGCUCUGCGUCGGCCAUAAGUGCCUCAUCUUCCAACCCCUUCACGCGAUGUACAUUCCCAGGUCACUGUUUGUGUUCCUCGCCAACGUGAAGUACACUUUUGUUGGAGUCGGCGUGGAUGAAGAUGCCAGGAAACUCACCAAAAACUAUGGACUCGACGUGUCAUGCAUCAUUGACAUCCGUGCACUGGCAGCGAAAAGAUUGGUGAAUUACUUUUGGCAAUUCGUGGGUCUCAAAAGGCUAUCCAAGUCCAUCCUCGGUAGAGAGCUCGAAAAGCCUGAGGAGAUAACAAUGAGCAAAUGGGACAAUAAGACGCUCACGGAUCGUCAAAUCGAGUACGCUUGCCUGGAUGCAUUCGUUUCUUUCGAGCUCGGGAGAGUUUUGGAGGCGUGGUCAGUGGAUAGACACUUUGACGGUUGGUGCGUUAAUAUCGAUGCGAGGUUUGUAUUCAAGGAAGAUAAUUACCUUUGA